CUCUCCCCCCCCCUAAAGCCCCUCUCCCUUCCUCUCCCUCUCCCCCCCCCUUCACCAACGCCCCCAACGCCAUGGCAUCUUCCGCCGCGGCUGCCGGGCCUCUCCGCUCGCUGCGCAUCCUUUCGGUGCUCCUGGCGGUCCUGGCCCUGUCGCUGCUUUGCGUCGGCCUGGUCGCCGGCCAGCGCACCCCUACUCAGGCCCGCACGAAUCAGGCGCCGCCGACUCGCGAGAUCAACGUUCGCAGUCACAGCCUCCGCAGCCCCUAUGUCGAUUCCAACCUGGAAAACCGCUACUGGGACUUCGGUGGCAGCACCGUUGUCCACAACAACAAGUACAUUCGCUUGACCCCCGACCGGCCCUCCCGUCGCGGGUGGCUCUGGUCGAAGGAGCCGAUGCCUGCUGGCGAUUUUACGGUCGAAUUCGAGUUCCGUGUUGAUGGCAAGGCCUCGCGCGUUUUCGGCGACGGCUUCGCCCUCUGGAUGACCAGCGAGCGCCAUGUUGCCACUGGCGAGGCGCUUGGCGGCCCGACCCAGUUCAAUGGCUUGGCCGUCUUCUUUGACACCUUCGCCAACACCCGUCACCCGUAUAUGUUCCCCUAUGUCUCGCUCAUGGUCAAUGACGGUUCGCGCACGUACUCCGGCGAUGAUGACAACGAGUCCAACCAGGCGGCCGGCUGCGAGGCCCGCUUCCGCCGGCCAACGCACCCGACCCGCGCGCGCGCUGUCUACAAGGACGGCGUCUUCUCCCUGGACCUUGACAUUCGUGGUGACAACACCUUCGAGACCUGCUUCAGUGUGGAGGACAUCACCCUUCCGGACCGGUACUUCCUGGGAUUCACCGCCAUGACCGGCGAUGUGUCCGAUGAGCAUGAUAUUAUCUCGAUCACCACCUCGAUGAGCAAGCCCGUUGCCGUGCCGCCUCGUCGCAACCACCUUAACCAGCCUGGCAAUCGCCAGCAGCAGGCCGGCGUUCCCCCUCGUCAGCAGCAGCCGGACUAUGGUCAGAACCAGGCCAACCGCAACCCCACCCAUCGCAAUAACGUCAACAACAAUAACAACCAGCAGCAGCAGCAGCAACAGCAGCAGCAGCCGCCCCCUCCAUACGGCGGCGCUCAUACCGGUGGCCAUUCCCAGCAGCAGCAACAGCAGCAUAACAACAACCAGCAGGGCCAGCCCCCUCCCUACACUCCGCCUUCUCGCAACAACAACAACAACAACAGCCCCCAGGAGGAUACUGCCCCGGUGCCGGAGGACACUGGCCGCCCCGCCGGCGGGGCCAACCAGGGUCGCGAGCAUCUGCCCCCCAAGCCGAGCCACAACCGUCGCCGGCCGAACCGCGGCGCCAACAAGGCCACCGGCACCUCCGGCAACAAGGUGUCUUCCAGCCUGAGCCCGCUCAACUGGAUCUUCAUGUUUGCCUUCGGCUCGAUUGCCGUUGUCAUCAUUGUCCUGGCGGCGCGCGCCGUCACUGGCGGUCACCGCAAGCGCUUCUAA